AUGAAUCAAAAACGUCGAUUGAAUCAGAAUAAUAUAGAAGAUGAUAAGGACGAUGUUGUGGUUAAGAAGAAGCCGAACAACGAUUUUAAUAGGAAAAAGCCGAGUGCUGGGCUAAAAGCUUUCAGAAUUGUUUGCAGAAACCUUCCUUUUAAUGUAAGUUGUUUCCCUACUUAUAAUUAAUGUUUUUAGACAACCCAAGACGAGUUCAAAGAGCUGUUUUCUAAGUUUGGAACUGUUAAAGAGAUUCAGUUGCCAAAGUGUAAGGACAAGAAGUAUCCUAACUCUUGUGCCGGCUUCGGUUUUAUUCAGUUCGGUGCCAGAGAAUCCGCUAGAAAUGCUGUCGAAAAACUCAACUUUUCUACGUUUAAAGGGCGCAAAAUUGCUGUGGAUUGGUCAUUACACAAAGAUGAAUACUUGAGCAAACAAUUAGGUAUACUUUGUACUUGUUUUAUUCUGUUUUUAGGUACAAAUGAACUAAUCUUUUUUUUGGAAUUUAAUACCUUAAACCAUGUAGCCUUUUAGUAUUAGUUUUAUUUUUUAGGCAACAAUGAACACGCCAACUUAAUGAAGGUGGCUAAAAAGUUUGAUGAUGAAGUGAAAAAAGAUGAAAGUGAUAGCGAAGAAUCUGAUCGUUCAGGUUCUGAAGACGAGGAUGAAGAGGAUGUCGACGUUAAGGAAGACGUUGAUGAUGAAGAGGAAGACGACGAUGUUGAAGAUGAGGAAAAUGAAGAAGUUGACGAAGAGGAAGACCUCGAAGACGAGGAAAAUGAGAAACCGCAAAAAAAAGACGAGGCAGUGGAACAGGGAAGAGUCGUUUUCUUGAGGUAACAAUGUUCUUUUAAUUAGUUUUGUCAAGCUAUAAUUGUUGUUACGAUUGUGUUUAUAGUAUAAUGCGAAUUUUUGCUUUAGGACCCUCUCUUUUGACGCGACAAAUGAAAGUUUGAAAACGGCGAUGGAAAAGUACGGCGAAGUCGCCUUGGCUAUUCUAUGCAAAUUUCCAGGUACAGAUCAAAAAAGUGGUAAUGCAUUUGUGCACUUUAAGACAAAGGAAGCUGCCGAUCAGUGUCUUGAAGAGUUAGACGUGAGUAUUUCAUUCUUUUAAUUUUAAAACUUUAGAAAUUGGAUUUUAAAUUCUUUUUAAUAACGUAGUUAGCUAUCAUACUGGUUACAGAAUCAUAUUUUAGGUAUCUGGAAUAUUCUUCGAAGGUCGUAUAAUCACAGGACACAGAGCGGUGCCACGCACCGAAGCCAAGAAGUUUGACAAAGACCCAAAGAAGAAAGAAGGCAAAGACAAAAGGAAUCUGAAGUUGUUGAGAGCAUCGUUGAUUCGAAUGGGAACUGCUCAAGCCAAAGGAAUGAGUGAGGAAGACUCCAAAGCCAGACACAAACAGAUCGAAGCCGCUAAAACAAAACUAAAGAACUUGCACAUGUUUGUAUCAUCUAAUAGGUUGGCGGUAUGUUAUAGUGUCGUAUUUGUGCAUAUUUUAGUUUGUUGCUUCUGGACAAUUGAAUAUGGUCUUAUGGUAUAAUAUUUUUUAUCUACACAUGUAAAUAAUUCUGUUUUAGAUACAUAACAUACCAUUCAAUUAUCGCGAAGACGACUUGUUCAACUUGUGUUUGAAGCAUGCCACAAAGAAGGCCUACAUUAAGGAGUGCAGAAUCAUGAGGAACAAAACUGGAGUUGAUAAUCAAGGCAAACCAGUGUUGGGCAGAUCGAAAGGAUUUGGUUUUGUUGAGUUUGAAGACCAUUUGGACGCGCUGACUUGUUUGAGGAACCUGAACAACAACCCAGAAGUCUUCACAGAUGAAAGAGUAAGUUGUUGAUUGUUACCUUUCAUUCGUUACUCUAUCUUAUUAUAGAGUAUCUUUUUCAUCAUUUUACUUUUUGAAGAAAAAUUUUACUUUCAGCGUCCAAUCGUAGAAUUUUCGAUAGAAAACUUGAAUGCCUUAAGAAUAAAGGAGAAGAGGAAGGAACUUCUCAACCAAGGCCCUCCCAAUCGUCAUAGACCGGAUCAAGCGGAGAAGCAGGCAAGACUAGAAGCAGCGUUGAAGAAAUCGAAGGCUUCGUUGGUGAAAGACGGAAUGAAAGCAUUGCCUAAGAAGUUCGGACAGAAGAUCAGAUACCGUGACAGAAAACAGAAUUCCAAAGAGAAUCAGAAGGGCGGAAAAGGUGGCAAGAAGGGAUUCAAGAUAAAUAAACUGUCAAAGGGACGAGUGAACAAGAAGAGAAGAUGA